AUGGCUGCUGUACUCGCUUAUGCUGAUCUGUUAGCAGACGAUAGUAACUACGGUCGCUACACUCUCCUCCCGUACAGCCUCCACACGCACAUGCGCCUCGACGCGACCGCCCUCCGCGCCCUCAACGUCACCGAAUCCAAAACGGACGGAAAUAGAAACUUUUGCUUAAUGGGACUGAUGAACCGCACGUGCACGGCAGGCAUGGGGAAAAGGUUACUAAACCGGUGGCUGAAGCAGCCGUUAGUGGAUGAGGAGGAGAUUAAGUUUCGGUUGGAUGUGGUGCAGUCGUUUGUAGAGAGUGGCGGGAUGAGGCAGGAGGUGCGGGGGCAUUUGAGACGCAUGCCGGAUAUAGAGAGGCUGACGAGAAGGUUGGAGAUGAGACGAGCUGGGCUGCAGGACGUGGUUAAGCUUUACCAGGCCAGCAUUCGCCUUCCAUUCAUUCGAGAGGUGCUUGAAACCCACGGAGGCUCGUUUCGGCCGAUGCUGCAUGAGAGGUUCGGCGCGAGCCUGCUCGAGUGGUGCAGGGCGGAGCACUUAGCUAAGUACGAGGGGCUGGUGGAAGCAGCAGUGGACUUAGACGCUCUGCAGUCAAACGGAGAAUACUUAAUAGCACCUGGUUAUGACCCAAGCUUAGGAGAGAUUAAAGAGGAGAGGGAGGGGGUUGAAGCAGAAGUGCAGAAAGCGUUGCAGCAAGCAGCAAACGAUUUAGGACUUGUAGUGGAUAAGACGAUUAAAUUAGAUAAGACGGCGCAGGCAGGGUAUUGCUACAGGAUAACGAAGAAGGAAGAGACGAACGUUAGGAAGAAGCUGAAUUCGUCGUAUGUGACUCUCGAGACGAGGAAGGACGGCGUUAAGUUCACUAAUGUGAAGCUUAGGAGGCUGAGCGAGCGCCACGUGGCGCUCACGGAUUCGUACAUGGCGGCUCAGCGGGAGCUAGUGAACAAGGUGGUGGAAGUGGCUCAGACCUUCCUGGAGGUGUUUGAAGGCGUGGCAGCACUCAUUGCUGAGAUGGAUGUGCUACAGGGCUUUGCCGAGCUUGCAGCUUCGGCACCCACUCCCUACGUCCGACCCUCCAUCUCAGGCCCGGAGGAGGGCGACAUAGUGUUGGAGGACAGCCGCCACCCAUGUGUGGAGGUGCAGGAUGACGUCAGCUUCAUCCCCAACCACUGCCGCCUGGAGAGGGGUCGCAGCUGGUUUCAAAUCAUCACAGGGCCCAACAUGGGCGGCAAGUCAACCUUCAUUCGCCAGGUGGGAGUGGUGGUGCUGAUGGCUCAGGUGGGCUCCUUCGUGCCUUGCUCCCGCGCACACGUGAGCAUCCGCGACGCCAUCUUCGCCCGCGUGGGCGCUGGCGAUUGCCAGCUGAGGGGAGUGAGCACGUUCAUGGCGGAGAUGCUUGAAACAGCUGCCAUUCUGCACGCCGCCACGCCCCACUCGCUGGUGAUUAUCGAUGAGCUGGGGAGGGGGACGUCCACUUAUGACGGAUUCGGCCUCGCCUGGGCCAUCUGUGAACAUCUAGUGGAUGUGACUAAAGCGCCCACGCUCUUUGCCACGCACUUUCACGAGCUCACGGCUCUCGAGACCCGCGAUGCUUCCAGUGGCGUCGCCAACUUCCAUGUCAGCGCACACAUCGACGAAGCUUCCAGGAAGCUCACCAUGCUUUACAAGGUGCAACCGGGCCCGUGUGACCAGAGCUUUGGCAUCCAUGUGGCGGAGUUUGCGCAUUUCCCUGCAGAGAUGCGACGAGUCUCUGUCUUCGGCAUCAUGGCCUUUACUCCUGCUCGCGUCUUACUCUUAGCUUUCCUCGCGGCGAUGGUCGCAAUCGCGUACUGCGAUCACGAUCACGACGAGGAUGUCGACACCUUCAAGUCAAAGCUGCUGGGAGCGAACGAGGUCCCCAAGAACGACUCCCAAGCUGCCAGAAACGCCGUCGGCGACCAACGCGGCGUGGUCUACAUGAAACUGAGCAUCUACAAGGAUGACGACAAGCCCAAGUGGGUCAAGUACACGGUGAAAACCUCCCGGCUGAAAGGCGAGAUGCCGCCAACCAAGACGCACGUGCACAAGGGGGAGAAGGGGAAGAACGGCGACGUGAUCCUUGACCUGCCGUGCAAGUACGAGAAGAAGGGCGGCGAGGAGUGGCGCUGCGAGGGCUCUCUAGGCAAGAACGAGGAAGAUCGGUCGGAUUCGCUGCUGUCGGCUCUGAAGGCUAUUGUUAAGAAGCCCAGUGGAUAUUAUGGUAAUAUUCACACUAAGAGGUUCCCUGAUGGCGCCGUGCGUGGUCAGUUCGCGAAGGACUAA